GCAGGCGCUGCUCUAGAUACGAGUGGGCCAUCGGCAACCGUGCCUGAGCCUGACAAAAUUCUGCCUGUUCUUUUGACAGCAUGGGUUAAUAUUCUUUUUCGCGAUUCAGACGACAUGGAGAGGUACAGGAUCCUAGAAGAGUUGGGUCAGGGCGCGUUCGGUAAGGUGUACAAGGCGGAACGUAAGGAGGACGGCGGCGCGCUCGCUCUCAAGUGUCUCACCGUGGACUCACUGGACGUUGGACAAGUCGUGCUGAAGGAAAUCAUCGCUCUACAACAGGCAGUAGGAAAACACCCACACAUCUUGCAGUUUAUCGGCCUGAUGACUGCGGACGCUGGCUUGAACACUCCUGCGCUGAACGUGUGUCUGAUCGUGGAGUACUGCGACGGGGGCACCCUGGACAGAUUCAUCCUCAGUGCCAGGCCUAGCCGAGCGACCGUUCUGCAGUUGCUGUGCGACACGGCAGAGGGCGUUGCUUACCUGCACAGCAGAAAUGUCGACCACGGAGCGCUCAAGCCUGACAACAUCUUGGUGGACAACUCCGGACAGAGACCGAUAGUUAAGAUCGCAGAUUUCGGCCUCGCGCGAGUCCGUGCACUGGGCGAGUGGGCUGUCAACUACGUACAGACCAUGGUCAUGUACCUGCCCCCUGAACUGCUCCUAGUUAUGUUGGCACAACCACAUACUAUCGUCACGAACACCUCCAUGGCCGACGUCUUCGCCUUGGGCCUGAUCAUAGCCGCCAUCUUGGAUCUGACGACAGAUUCAACCCCUUCACCGACGGAUCCAGCAGAUCCCGCGACAGAUCCAGGCGCCACAAGAAAGCUCGUGCCUGCCGUGUACGUGGAUGGAAAGCCCACGCCAGUGGCUAAGGUCAUGAUCACGCAUCCUGAGUUCCCGGUGGCAGACAUGCUGAUGACCAGCGAACCACAGGGGUCUCCGGUAAAGGCCCUGGUCCUGGCCAUGCUGGCGGUUAAUCCUCAGCAGAGGCCGACAUCAGAACAGGUUCUCUGCAGCCUCAUGCGGAUCACGGGCGCCUCUGACGGGUGA